UCAUCACCGGAUCUUUCCACACAAACGGGGUUUGUCGGAAAGGAGGACCGGUGAUCAUUUGCUCGUGGCGUCUUUUCCUCGGCACUCCGAAGGUGUCGGAGUUCGUUGGUCUUGGCUAAGCUUAAUUUGAAUUAGUACUAGUUCCACUGAUAGGACUUUUUACUGGUGCCGCACGGAACUCCGAUCAUCGUUGACCAGACAUCUGCGUACGGCUAACAGAGUUAAGCUCAACUUUUAAUUCAAACUUCGCCAAACCACACAAUUAUCAGGCUCUACCAGACCAACCGAAAGCCAAGUUAGGCGAAUGACUGUCUACAUAACCGACCAUUCCACUUCUGUCCUCAAAACCCACAGUUGGCGCACAGCGUCCAAUUCCGCCAGCUACCUCCUAUCUCACAUAACUCCGACAUCCAAAAUCCUGGAAAUCGGGUGUGGGGUGUGGCCCCGGCUCAAUUAUUGUAGAUUUCGCCCGCCGUGCAAACCAUGGUCAUGUCACACGGAUCGAAAACGUGACCUCGCAAGGCGUGACUAACAUCGAUUUUCGGCUGGGUGAUAUUCACUCUCUCGAGUUCCCGGAUAAUACCUUCGAUAUUGUUCAAGUACAUCAGGUGCUGUAACAUAUUGCCGAUCCUGCCAAAGCGCUAUACGAAAUGAGGAGUGUCGUGAUAUGUGGUGGAAUUAUCGCAACAAGGGAAUCCGCGGCUAUGAUUUGGUAUCCAGAAAAUCGCGAGACCGCUGGUUCGAAAUUACUCAACGGAUGGGAAAGGCGAGAGGCGAGAAUCCGUACCCUGGACGGUAUAUUCAUGUCUGGGCGGAAGAGGCUGGAUUUGGUCGGGCGAAUAUUAAGAAGAGCACUGGGUCGUGGUGCUUGAGUAGUCCUGAGGAGAGGAAA